GAGGACCUUGUAACCCGGAAGUGAUUGGAAGCUGCGCUUGCAGGACUGGGAAAGGAAGAUGGCGGAGGAGCAGCAGGAUCCAUCGCAGGGAGAUAUUGAGGGGGUGAACUGCCUGGCAUAUGAUGAGGCAAUUAUGGCACAGCAAGACCGUAUUCAACAGGAGAUCGCCACCAGUAACCCACUUGUGUCAGACAGACAGGAACUUUCAGUGCUGAAUAAGGAAUAUGCUCAGGAUGAUAUUGUCUACCAGCAGAAAAUCAAGGAUUUGCACAAAAAAUAUUCUUACAUUCGCAAGACUCGGCCGGAUGGGAACUGUUUUUAUAGAGCAUUUGGCUUUUCUCAUCUGGAGGCACUCCUUGACAACAGUAAAGAGCUGCACAGGUUUAAAGCUGUGGCUGCAAAGAGCAAGUUGGACUUGGUGACCCAAGGCUUUACUGAGUUCACAAUUGAAGAUUUCCACAAUACAUUUAUGGACCUCAUUGAAAUAGUGGAGAAGCAAGGCACUAUAACUGAUUUACUAAAUGCCUUCAAUGACCAGAGCACAUCUGAUUACCUUGUUGUUUAUCUGCGACUGCUAACAUCUGGGUACCUGCAGAGAGAAGGAGGCUUCUUUGAGCAUUUUAUUGAAGGUGGUCGCUCCAUUAAGGAAUUCUGUCAGCAGGAGGUGGAACCCAUGUCAAAAGAGAGUGACCAUAUUCACAUCAUUGCUUUGGCUCAGGCUCUGAAUGUGUCAAUCUUGGUAGAGUAUAUGGACCGUGGCGAAGGUGGCACUGUCAAUCACCAUGUUUUCCCUGAAGGCAGUGAUCCACAUGUUUAUUUAUUAUACAGACCAGGACAUUAUGACAUACUUUAUAAAUAAUACCAGCAGGUCCAGGAGCAAAGAAUACACAAGUAAAGUGGGGGAAAAGGAAAAAAAAAAUAAAAUUCUAAGUCUGUGUACAAAAAAAAUAAAAAGAAAAAAAAAUUAGCAUUGUACAGAGUUUUGUGGUUGUAAAUGGUAUUAAGUCACUUUCUUUCCUUUGUUACACUACUUUCAUGUUUUAUUAAAGGGAUACAACCUUAAACACAGA